AUGGCCUCAAGAGACCCCGCCUCUGAUCAACUUGUUCAUUAUAAAAAAAGUUUAAAGGAUGCUGUUGGUUAUAUAACUACAAAAUCUGGAGCACCAGUGGGAAUAAAAACUGCCAUUCAGACAGUUGGGAAAAAUGGACCAGCUCUUCUUCAAGAUUUUCAAUUCCUUGAUGAGAUGUCAGCUUUCGAUAGAGAACGUAUCCCAGAAAGAGUAGUUCACGCAAAGGGUGCUGGUGCUUUUGGAUACUUUGAAGUUACACAUGACAUCACUAAGUAUUCAGCGGCUAAAGUGUUUGAAGGCAUUGGUAAAAAAACGCCUAUUGCAGUCAGGUUCUCAACUGUUGGUGGAGAAAGCGGAUCCGCGGAUACUGUUCGUGAUCCUCGAGGAUUUGCUGUCAAAUUUUACACUGAAGAUGGAAUUUGGGACCUUGUUGGAAACAAUACUCCUAUAUUUUUCAUAAGGGAUCCUACGCUAUUCCCAAGCUUUAUUCAUACUCAGAAAAGAAAUCCUGAAACUCAUUUGAAAGAUGCUGACAUGUUUUGGGAUUUCCUAACUCUCAGACCAGAGUCAAUGCAUCAAGUUCUUUAUUUAUUUGGCGAUAGGGGCAUUCCUGAUGGUUAUAGGUUCAUGAACGGUUACGGUUCCCACACUUUUAAACUUGUUAAUGCGCAAGGAGUUUCACAUUGGGUUAAAUUUCACUAUAAGACCAAUCAAGGUAUUAAAAACUUACCCGUAGAAAAAGCUGCAGAGCUUGCAUCAUCUGACCCUGACUAUGGUAUCAGAGAUUUAUACAAUGCUAUUGCAAAAGGCGAUUGCCCAUCUUGGACUUUUUACAUUCAAGUUAUGACGAUGGCACAGGCUGAAAAUUGUAAGUUUAACCCAUUUGACUUGACCAAAGUAUGGCCUCAUGCUGAAUAUCCACUUAUUCCUGUGGGAAAACUCGUAUUGGAUAGAAACCCGAAAAAUUAUUUUGCUGAAGUUGAACAAAUUGCUUUCAAUCCAGCAAACUUAAUCCCGGGAAUUGAACCUUCACCUGAUAAGAUGUUGCAGGGCCGCUUGUUUUCAUAUGGUGACACACAUCGUCACCGCCUUGGUGCAAACUAUCUUCAAAUACCUGUUAACUGCCCAUACCGUGUCACCGUUGCUAAUUACCAGCGUGAUGGACCGCAAGCUAUAAGCAACCAAGAAGGUGCACCCAACUAUUUUCCCAACUCAUUUUCGGGACCCCGAGAAUGCCCUCGUGCUCAACGUCUUCAGCCAAGAUAUAAUGUAAGCGGUGAUGUUGACAGAUACGAUAGUGGCCAGACUGAAGAUAACUUUUCCCAGGCUGCAGAACUAUAUAAAAAAGUAUUUAGUGACGCAGAAAAGGACCGUGUUGCUGCCAAUUUUGUCGGUCACUUGAAAGACGCUGCUGGUUUUAUUCAAGAGCGUGCUAUCAAAAUGUUCUCCCAGAUUCAUCCAGAUUUAGGUAGCAAGGUAGCUGCUGGGCUCGCUCCAUACAAAAAAUUCCACGCUAACUUG